GAAAACUGUAAUGAAAAAUUUAGUUUCCACUUAAGAAACGAAAACGAAAAGUGCAAUGAGUUCAAUAUGAAUAUGUGCAUACGUAAGCAUGUCUGCGAAAAGUGCAAUCAACUAAAAAUAACAACAGCGCAAUUCGUUCAAUAUAAAUCAUGUAAGAAUUGAAAAAAAAAAAAUGAAACAUGAAAAAAGAAAUAAUGUGAACAAGAAAGUAUUGCAAAUGAGGAAAACAUGAUUGCUGGCAUUUCUUGGCACUCAGUUCGCAGCCACAGCCACAACCGCAGCACACAAAAGUGGAUUAGGCCAAUUACUUUGUGCCACAAACAUUCGUCAAGUACGCCAGUCACUAGUUGUCCAGUGCGAGAUGUCGGCAUAACAGAAAGUCAAACAACCAAUCAGCCAGUCAGCAAGCAAGACAGUGUGAAACGUUCGAGUGAUAGUGAGUUGGUGAGUCAGUUGCAGCAGAAGAGUCAGUUAACUAGAAAAUCAUCAAAUCAGCCUGCAAGGCAAAAAGUCCAACGUUGUACCUGUGUGUGAGACGAGCCCCGAUUUGUGGUUCUAAUUUGUCGUGUUAAAAAAAUUGUGGUGCACAGCCGAGCGUCGUUAAUUAAGCGAACAGUAAAGAGCAAAUAACAGCGAGCAGAGUCAAAAAAGAGUGCAGAGUGAAGCGGAAAAAACAGCAGAAAAAAAAGGUGUACAAGCUAACAAAUCGAACCAAAAAAUCUUCAAAUAAACUGUAAAAAGUAACAAAAGCCGAAACCGAAACCAAAACCGAAGCAGAGCAAAAACAAUCGUUUUUAUAUUCCUCAUCAACAAUUUCUGUUGUUCUUGUUGCUGUUUAUUGUUGUGAUUAAAUCGAUUCUUGUGCUGUAUAAAAAGAUGUCACCACUGUUGGAACGUACAUUGCUAUUAUUAGGCAUACUAUGCAGUUUACAAGCAACUACUGCGCUGAUGUGUUACGACUGCAAUAGCGCCUACGAUCCCAAUUGUGGUGAUCCAUUCGAACCAUAUACGCUCGGCAAGGUCAAUUGCACUCAGCAAGAACCGCUAGAACAUCUCAAGGACAAAUACACCAAACCAGUACUGUGCCGCAAGACCACACAAAAGGUCUAUGGCAAAGUGCGCGUUGUACGCGGCUGCGGCUACAUACCCGAUGAGCGUACCGAUGAUGGCGCUUGCUUGAAACGCUCCGGCACACAUGACGUGCAAGCCAUCUACUGUGCGUGCACAUCCGAACUCUGCAAUCAUGCCGCCUCCACAUUGUAUCAGAGCAACAAUCAUCCCAUAAUAUCGGCACUACCCUACACAUUAGCUGCGUUCUUUGUUUGGUUCACUACAUUUUCGAGUCAUUUCAAUAUCAAUACUUUUGGCGCUGUGCAAAAUUCAUAAAUACGAGAUAUACAAAAACUUAGACACAUACAUACAUAUACUCGUAUAUAUAUAAAAUAAGAACAUACAUAUGUGUAUAUGUGUAUUACGGAAAUUAAGGCGAGAGAUUUAUUUUUCAAUUUGGAGUUGAAUUGUCAUCACAAAAACCAUUCAGUGGAAUAGAAGAUAGUGCGGAAAAACAAAAACAAACAACAAAAUACAAGUAAAGGUUGGAGAAAAAAAAAACAAAAACAAAGAAUGGCUUAAAACCAGCAGCUGCUGACUAAAAUUAAACAGUAGCAUAUUGGAGAUACCGUGAGGGUGGGGGAAACUGGAAACAUUGAAGAGCAGCCUGCAUGGAGGAGAAGAGAAUGUUGUUUUAAGGAGAGCUGAGACAGCGUUUAAUUGGUAAAUUUAAGUGGAGCGAUACAUGAAAGAGCUACAUACCUAUGCCGGAUUUAUAAUGAUUUUGCUGUAGUUGCUGAAAAUAAGUUCAUUUGUUAACUUUUAGUUUGGCUUAUUGGAGUGAAAUCAACAACAACAACUAUACUGCAUAACACAAACAACAAAUAUUAAAAAAGGGGGAACAAAUUAAAAAAAAGGUUUUUGGUUAUUUCAUAAUUCCAUCCACAACCGAAACAAUAACAUUCGCAUAAGUGAAAAAAGAUUAGUUUAAAGAAUUAAUAGAUUAUGCGCUGGUACUACCAACAGCCAGCAAGCAGUAUUUUAAAUUUUUUGCUUUGCAAUUGCGCUCGGCUUGCUGACAGUAAAUGAUUCAAUAGGCAAAAACAACUGAAAUUAUGCUUUGUUCAUCAAAAUACAUAGCAAUUCACAAAGGACUGCAAAAAAUUGGCUGUCAACAGGCAGGUUAUAUCACAAAGCUUACCAAGCUUGCACCCGAUCAACCACGCGCGUUGUUAUGUGCGUGUGCAUGUAUGUAGAUGAUAAUUAGCAUGCGCUUACAUAUAUAUACAUAUGUAUGCAUAUAUAUAGAGUUAAUUUACUUAUUAAAUGUGACAUCUAAGACGUUAGGAACACAUAAUUAAAACAAACACAAAAACAAAAACGUCAAGAAAAAGAAAAAAGUACUGCCGUCAUAUGUCUUGCAAUGAAAUACUCGUACAUAAAUUUUAAUAAUAAUUUCACGAUGUAUAUAUGUAUGUAUGUGUACUCUAGUUCUAAAUCCAUCUACAAGUGCAUGGAGCCACUAUAUAUGUAGUUACAUAUGCGAGCUGCCAGUUUAGCAAAACACUAGAAGUCACAGAAAAUAACAACAAUGCUGUGCUGACGAUAUACGUAUGUAUGUAUAAGUAUAUUUAAAUUUCGAAUUGAAAAAUUGAAAAAUUGCGUUUUGGCAGGCACAACUUUUUGCUUGCAUACGUCAAUAUUUUUACGAAAUACUAGCGCUUUGUGGUUGUACAAGUGUAGGGAAUGAAAUUUCUUGUGUAGGGAAUGGAAUAGUAUAUAUGUAUGUAUGAAUUUUCUAAACAACUCCAUCACGAUGAAGUUAUAUAAUAGCUGCCAACUUCUGUUGUAUAUUCUAACUUUUAGAAAAUGACACUCAUGCACACAAGCUAAGAAAUAAACACAUAUACUAACACACACACACAACCGCCAUCUUUAAAGCACUUUAUAUUGAAAGUAACUCCCAAAGCAAUGCAACUCUUUUAAAUAUACGUGAAAAUAGUAGGUAAUAACUUAGUUCAACGCUAACCUGGCAGGGCAGGCAAACAAAAAUAAAAAUUUAAGUACUUAUAAUUUUUGGAAAAUUUAAACAUAUUCAUGUACAGUGUACGCGUAUGUGAAAGCAGUAUUGAACACCAAAUGGUAGGUGAUCGAAUUAAGCACGAAAAUGUCUCAGCAACAGGCUGAUCUUAGUGAAGUAAAGCAAAGUAGUGAGUGGCAAGUGAAAGGUGUGAGCGCUAGUGCGCAUAGAAAUUUGUAAAUUAAUGAAAAAUAAUUAAAAGAAAUAAAGGAAAUAACUACGUAAAAUAAACAAUACUAGGAUUCAUCGCAAAUACAACGCAUACAAACAAAUUAUGAAGUUACAAUUAGUUUAAACACAUAAAAAUACGCUCAAUACAGAAGAAAAAAAACCAAAAUACACACACACAUACACAUUAAUAAAGGAAAAGUAAAACUAAAAACUCAGCUGACUUACCUACAUAUUAAACUAUGUACAUUCACAUAUAAGUAGUUACAUAUACAUACAUACAUACGUACAUACUCAACUUUCACAUGCAUGAAUCCGUACUUUUGUCCACAAACGAGCAGUCAAAAGGCAAAAAAGUAUAUAAAAAAUUUAGUUAAUCUGUACCACUUUAAAUAAAAGAGGAAAAAAAAAUCAUAAACCCAUUAAUAAUUUCCAUAAAAAAAAUAAAAAGUUAGUUAAAGUAAGAUAAAUAACAGAACAAAACAC